CCCAUACGCGCACCGCGGACGCGGAACGGAUACAUACAUACGGCCUCCCUCGGCUUCCACGGCCCCCUCCGCAUUACUGCUCCACCAUCACGAGACAGCGCAGCACAGGCUGCACAAGCGCCGCAAGAAUCCAAGGAAACACGCCGAGGGGGGAAGGAGGAGAGAACAGAGAAGCCAUCGGCGGCGAUGAUGGCCGGGGCAGUGGCGCUGCUCUUCUUGGCCACGGCGGCGGCGGUGCUCGUCUCCGGCGGUGAGGCGGGGGCGGAGGCGCUGCCGAGGUUCGCGGAGGCGCCGGAGUACCGGAACGGGGAAGGGUGCCCCGCGGCGGCGGCGGGGGUGUGCGACCCGGGCUUGGUCCACAUCGCCAUGACGCUGGACGCGCACUACCUGCGGGGCUCCAUGGCGGCCAUCUACUCGCUGCUCAAGCACGCCUCCUGCCCGGAGUCGCUCUUCUUCCACUUCAUGGCGGCCGCGCCCGGGGACGCCGAACUGCGGCGCGCCGUGGCGGCGUCGUUCCCAUCCCUGCGGUUCGAGAUCUACCCGUUCCGCGCCGAGGCCGUGGCCGGGCUCAUCUCCGCGUCCGUGCGCGCCGCGCUCGAGGCGCCGCUCAACUACGCGCGGAACCACCUCGCCGACCUGCUCCCGCCCUGCGUGCCGCGGGCGAUCUACCUCGACUCCGACGUGCUAGCCGCCGACGACGUGCGGCGACUCUGGGAGACCCGCCUGCCGGCCGCCGCCGUCGUCGCCGCGCCCGAGUACUGCCACGCCAACUUCUCCCGCUACUUCACGCCGGCCUUUUGGUCCGACCCUGAGCUCGGCGCGCGUGUCUUCGCUGACCGCCGUCGCCCGCCUUGCUACUUCAACACCGGCGUCAUGGUCAUAGACCUCCGCCGCUGGCGAGCCGGCAACUACCGCCGCCGCAUCGAGCGAUGGAUGGAGAUCCAGAAGGACAAGCGCAUCUAUGAGCUGGGCUCGCUGCCCCCGUUCUUGCUGGUCUUCGCUGGCGAGGUGGAGGCUGUCGACCUCCGCUGGAACCAGCAUGGCCUCGGCGGCGACAACGUGCACGGCAGCUGCCGCCCGCUCCACGACGGCCCCGUCAGCCUUAUGCAUUGGUCAGGCAAGGGCAAGCCCUGGGACCGCCUGGACGCCGGCAGGCCCUGCCCGCUAGACCACACUUGGAAGUCCUACGACCUCUACAUCGGCGGAGAUGGCAGCAGUGCUGCCACGCCGGCCUCCGGGCCAGCAUUGUCUUCUUGGUAGAGGGGGAAACUUGUAGCUGUAGUGGCAUACUGCUAGAUACAACAAUUCUUUUGUUCUUUAUGCGGUUCUGAGCAAUGGGAGCGUGGCAUUGCAUUGGUGCUACUGCUCUUGUCGCCAUGACCUAGCUGCAGUUCCCCAUCGGCUGUACAGGGCAGUGAAGGAAGGGGCAGCUGCCAUUGCAGCGCCGGGAGACGAGUGAAGAGUGGACAGAGAAAAGAAGAGCUUGUUCUUUUCUGGUAGAAUUCAGAUUGGUUAUUUGGGGGAUUUUGAUUCUUUUGGGUUGGUGUUGAUUGGGGUUCCCAAUUGGCUCCAUUGGUGGCAGUGUACAAUUCAUUGAUAGGAAAGACUUGGAAUUUUGUUCUGUUAUUGAUGAUUCAUUCAUUCAUUUGACAAGUGUUCUGAUCUGAAAUCUAAAUUAUCUGAGUUGCUUCAAA